AUGUUGGACACCAUCGUCCCUUCCGUGCAAGACCUGGGCAGGCAGGUGCUGCCCACGCUGCUGUCGCUGAGCCAGGAGGAAGAUGUCUUACGAAGUCAGGGAGCUUAUCUUUUAUAUUUGGGGGUUCAGAUCCCAGGACUUGGAAUUUUCACUUUCAUGAGACAAAAACUUGAGGUGGGAAACAACAAGUUUAUUCUGAUUCAGAGGCCCAUAUUUAUCAUGGCGGAGAAGUUAGUACAGAUUCAUGGACUCAAGCAAAACAAAAUAUAUAUUCCUGGUGAUAUCCCAGUUGUUCCACUUAAUUUUGUCAUGAUAUCCCUGGAGGGUCCAUUUAGCAGGGAUACAGUGGAAGGAUGUGUGAAGGAGACAUUGCUUGUUUUAUCACGAUCAAUUUCCAUCAAACAAAAUGUAGAAUUUACUUUCAAAGGAAUCGGGGUCCUUGUGAUUAGAGGCAACAAAGUGAAGAUGAGAUUUUAUAAGGACUUCCUUUGUUCAAUGGAUGGAAGUGGGGCUUUGGCAAAAGCCCUAGCAAAUAGGCCGGACACUGUGGACUCCGUGUUGUCUAGCAGAGAGAUCUUAGGAAAGCGACCCAACAGUGUGCUUGCAUUUCCAAGGAUUGAGCUCAAGGAGAUGGAGAACAAACCACCUAUGGAGACCAUUGUAGAAGAAGGUAGAAAGAAUAGACAAAAGAAGUACAAAUUAAAAGACCAGCCAGACAAAGAAGAAGGCAUCAGAGAGAUCUUAUCACCUAAGAGACUUCGAGAUAAACAAGCUAUCUCCUCUCCCAAAAUGACAAGCAUCAACUUGCUGAGUAAGUUAGAGCAGAAUGGGAGUAGCUGGAAGAUUAUGAACCCUGAAAGCUUAUCAUCUCCAGGUUGUUUGAAAAAUGACAGUAAAAUGAAGCCUAAACUUUCUCCAGUCCCCACUUGCCAGGAUCAUAAUAAGGCAGGACAGGAAAUGUGUUAUGUGUGUUUGCAACGAGCACAGCGCAAUUCCCCAUUGCACUACAGUGAGGAGAGGAAGAGGAGAGAGAUAGAAGAUGAGCGACUCAUUCAGCAGUAUGAAAUCCUGCAGGAUCAAGAGGCUCUCUUAAAACACCAGAUGAGAAGUCUGGCUAAUAGAGAACAAAAUCAGAAAAAUGCUGCCUACAAUCUUGGAGUUGCUGAAGCUAUAAGAAUCCACAAGAAUGAGAAACCUGAAUUUUAUAAAUCUUUCCUGUUUGAUAAACGGCCACUCAGUCCUGAGAUUAAUGCUUUUAAACAAGAAGAAUAUUCCCAAAGUCUCCUGAAACAAAUGGAUAACAGACGGGAAAAGGAAAUAAAGCAAAGACAAAACAGAGAGUUGAUGGACCGCCUAGAACAAGUGCAACUCACAGAGGAACUUGCUGCACAAAGAGCCCAGUAUAUAAAAGAUAAGAUGGAAGAAACACAGUGUUAUAAGAGAGCUUUGGAUGCACAGAUGAAGAACAAACCCCUGCAACUGCCCAUGUUUGAGCCAGACUCUUGUGAGCCCAUCUUUGGUAAGGAUGAGGGUGAGCUGAUGGUGGAAAAGCACAAGCGAGAACAGAAUUACAUGAAGCACCAGCUGGAGGCCGCUGCCAGCCACAAGAGGAGAACCAUCCUGCAGCAGCUGGUGGAACAGAAGCGGGACUUGCAGAUGCUUUGGAGGACACAAAAAGAGCACUCGGCGGACAGAAAUGCUGAGCUCAAGCGGUUGAACAGAGUCAACCAGAGCUUGCAGGAGGAGUGGAAAAGCAGUGCUGCAAUGAAGAGGCAGCGGGACCUGGAGGAGAAGGCUUUCCAGCGGGCAUCAGACAAGCUCUUCCUCCUGGACCAGUGUGAGAAGUAUCAGCGCUGCAAGCGGUGCCAGAGGCGCACCUCCAGUGUGGGUGAGAGCAACCUGUGGCCCCUCAACAAGUACCUGCAUGGCUCCCGGUUGUUCGUAUAAAACCCAAAGUUUGGAUCCCUGGUUUCCUGGGGAAAAUUUGUAUCGUUUCAAUGUUUAGGUAUGAUGGUGAAACUACCUAUUUUUACUUUAAAGGGAAAAAGUUAUUGCACUGUUUUGGUGCUUUCAGGAGAGGAUUGCUUUUUCACCCCUUAAUGCAUUCAUACAGGCAGGGUCUCCCCUCUGUCUUCCUUCUGCCCCCACAGAACCCUGCUGCCACUGGGGGCUGGGGCUGGGGGACCCAGCCUCAUUCUGGCUCCCAAGGUGCUGCUGACCCCGCCCUGCCAC